UAUUGUUUAAUGGGUUAAGUUAAGAUUGAUAGUUUUAUUAACUUUCUUCUGUGCAAAAGCUCAUGUGAAAACAAACCACCCUAAAGUAUUUUUAUAUAAAUACAAUUAAAAUCAUGACUGAACUAACAAAGGAGGAAGAAUUAUCUAUAAAAGGAACAUGUAUGGAGUUUUGUCCCUUGGAAGAAGUUAAUAUGAGAACCAGAGAGAAAAUGGUACACGUCCUGGAGGCUACUGACACAGGUCUUAAAUUAAUAAAGUGUUAUAACAGAUCAGCAGCUGAUACUAAUAUGGCUAAUCCUCAUCUUUUGAGACCUUACCCAGUGCUCCUAAAAUGUAUACACUACUUGAUGUUUGAGGUAUCAAAAAGAACAGAUAUGAAGAAGUGGUUUGUUUAUGAUUUCAUUGAAGAUCGCCUGAGGUCCGUGCGCCAAGAUAUGACAAUACAAAGACUACCGCCAGAGCAAUGUGUUGAGUUACUUGAGCCUAUGAUCCGAUUUUACGUUUACUAUAGUUAUAGAUUAUGUGAAUGUGGUCCAAAUGAAUAUGAUCCAGUUUUAAACAAAAAACAUUUGCUAGAAUGUCUAAAAUGGUUCCUCAGUUGUUGUGGUACUUUAGACAAAACAAAGGAAUAUUCACCGUUGGACAAUAUUGCACUUAGAAUAGAACAGCUAGAUUUGAGCAAGCAGAAACUAGUUAUUGACCGAGUAUUGGUGGAGAGUUUGUACAUAUUGUCCAAUCUAAAUGACACACAUCCAUUGCAUAGAUAUUUGCAACUACCAGAAAGUUUAAGAAGAGUAAGUGCAUUGAAGUUGGCAUACAGUAUUGGAGUAGCAAACUAUAGAGGCAACUUUGUUAGGAUUAUGAAACUAUCAAAACGACUGUGCCCUCUGUCUUAUGCUGCUUUGUGUUCACACCUGCCUGUAUCACAAAAAAAAGCCAUAUCCACAAUGUGCCAUGCAUACAACAGUAAACAAUUGUCAGUCCCCAUCAGCACAUUCAAGAAAUGGUUGAUGUUCGGAGAUGAUGAUGAGGCAUUUUCGGCCUGCAAACAUUAUGGCUUGAGUGUCAACAACAAUAGUGUAAUUUUUAACAAAGCUGCAUACAAAGAUGUGGAAAUGCCACCAAGAAGAAGAAAUUAUUCUGCCAAAAUAAUACAAUUCAAGCUAGAAGAUGUAUUAACAUAUACACUUUAGAGUUUAGAAUAUAGGUUGCUUUUAAUAGCUUAUUAUGAAUGCCCGGAGAUAUUUACAAUGCGAUCCACUGUGGAUACAGGGAAUAUUUAUUAGUAUUUUUUAUUUUUAUCAAAUCAAUACCUCAUAUAUACUUUAAACAUCAUAGUAGUACAGUGUACAGGUUGGUCAAAAUCCUAUUCUUAUUAGUAUAGGCUUAUGGCCAAAUUAUGAAUUAUUAAUAUUUUUAUGAUCUCAUUUGAAUAAGUAAUUUAAGCACGCAGUUGCAAGAAGCAGCAAUCUAUGGUGCUAUAAUAUAAUUCUGUACCUAUUACGCCACCGACGCUGCGAAACGCGAAACAGUAGCGAACUGAUUUACUGUCUCACCCGCCACACGACAGUGCGUUAUAUUUGCAUCUCGCUCUAUUCUUGUUUCGCAGAGUUUUCGCGUUUCGCAAAUGUACUAGAGGCGUAAGAGGGCUAUCGAACACGGAGUAGGUAUACAAAGCGAAAUUAAAAGACAGUCAGAGCGUAAUUUAAAAGAGCUCUAAAGAGGUAGAAAGGUCGAAAGUAAGUGGAAAACUACCAAUUUUCGACUUAUUCUCUGGCCAUAGGGUCCAUGGGUCACCGUAUCUUUGACUGAACAUAAUUUUUUCCAAUCUUGUUUGAACUGAAGCGCUAACCUACCUACGCGUCCAAUACGCACGAAUAAAAUGCGCCGUGUGCUAUCGCCCUUAAUCUUAUCCUUAUUACGAGUAUGCCUGUUUUAUUUUACGUAUAUAUUUUGUGAGAAAGUAUACAAAUUUUUACUGUGUAUUACAGCAAAUAUAUAUUUUUUAUUUUGAA